GGAUAACCACAGUCGAUCUCCUAUAUAUACCCAUCUUCAAAACCCUUCAGCUUUUCAAUCCUUCACGUUUCCUCACGCUCCUCUCGAAGAAAACUUGGUCUUCUGCUUCUCUUAGCUCUGUCUUUCGGUGAAACUUGAUGAUGCCGAGUGUGGAGCCUGAUACGUCCGAUAAGGACUCGGAACCAUUUGUAGAGAUUGAUCCGAGCCGACGCUAUGGAAGGUACAAUGAACUACUUGGUUCUGGUGCAGUAAAAAAGGUUUAUAGAGCAUUUGAUCAAGAAGAAGGCAUAGAAGUUGCUUGGAAUCAAGUCAAAUUGAGAAAUUUCAGCGACGAUCCUGCAAUGAUCGAUAGGCUAUACUCUGAGGUUCGAUUACUACGAUCCUUAAAGAACAAGAACAUUAUAUCUCUGCAUCAUGUCUGGCGCGACGAGGUACAUAACAUCUUGAAUUUUAUCACCGAAGUCUGUACUUCGGGGGAUUUGAGGGAGUACAGGAAGAAGCAUAAGCACGUUUCGAUGAAAGCAUUGAAGAAGUGGUCUAAACAGAUUUUGAAGGGAUUGGAUUAUCUUCAUACUCAUGAGCCUUGUGUGAUUCACAGAGAUCUUAACUGUAGCAAUCUGUUUGUUAAUGGGAAUGUUGGGCAGGUUAAGAUUGGUGAUCUGGGAUUGGCUGCAACUGUUGGGAACAGCCAUUCAGCACAUUCUAUACUUGGAACACCAGAAUACAUGGCUCCAGAGCUCUAUGAAGAGAACUACACAGAAAUGGUGGACAUUUACUCAUUUGGGAUGUGUUUGCUAGAAAUGGUAACAAUGGAAAUUCCAUAUAGUGAAUGUGAAAAUGUUGCAAGGAUAUACAAGAAAGUAUCUUCUGGAACUAGGCCUCAAGCCUUGAACAAGGUCAGAGAUCCAGAAGUCAAGGGCUUCAUUGAGAAGUGCCUUGCACAGCCUAGGGCAAGACCUUCUGCUGCUGAACUUCUCAAAGAUCCCUUCUUUGAUGGUAUUGAUGAUGAUGAUGAUGAUGAUGAUGAAAAUGAUGAUACUGAUAAUUCAUGACUAGUUUAGAUUGUAAUAGGGUUGUUCUUCUACCACUUUGAUUUUGUUUUUCUUUUGAUUUUGGGUUGAUGUUGUUUUGGAGUGAUUUGGGAAAGUGGGUUUUGCCAUGAAAGUUGGAGAGAAAGUGAAUGGUAUGUGGUUUUUAUGGGGUGAUGUUUUUGUACGUAGUUCCCCUUUUCCUAACAAAUGGCAUUGAAAUUGGUGGGAGAAAAUCUGAACUCUUCCUUUUUGUUUUAACCUCUUUAAAUUAAUUGUAUUUUAUAUUAUUUUUAA